ACAUAUACAUAUUACAUUGACAGAAAAAAUGUUCUCUUCAGCUUAUUAAAAUGGAUGUGGAAAAUUGUGAAUAUAAAGUUCUUUGUGAAAAGUGUGUGGCUGACCAAUAUUGUAAAUGGAACUCAGAGUCAUACAAGUGUGCUGCAGUAGAUAACAGUUCAGAAACUAUAUCAUCCACCUCACAAUGUCCGAGAAUUACAUAUAUGACGAAAACUCGUGACAACAAUUCAGCAAUUAUUGUUUUUGGCACUGAAAAUCUGUCCAAGCUGGAAGGAAAUUAUACAUGUCGAUAUAGUGGGUAUGGAAGAGAGAUAACGACGAACUUCAAGAAGCUUGGUAAUGGUACGGUACAGUGCAUCCUGCCACAGCUGAAAGCUUUACCAUCAUUUCCGGGUUGCCUUAGUAUGAAACUGUCUAUAAUGUUUGAAGAAAGCCCUAUAUUAUUUGACACAAUCAAUUUCUUUGAUUGUGAAUUAGAAGCAACACACAUUUCCUGUUUGAAUGAAAACUGUACGGUUGAUGGCUUUUGGAGUUCUUUUGGUCCUUUUGGAGAAUGGAGCAGUUGUAAUCAAACUUGUGGAGGAGGCCAUAAAAACAGGACUCGGUACAGAACAUGCACCGAUCCACCACCAUCAGAGAAAGGGAGAUUUUGUGAGGGACCAUCCAUUGAUAGAGAGAUGCAACAGUGCAACGAGCAGGAAUGUCCAGUUCAUGGUACUUGGACGUUCUUUCAAGAGUUUCAGGACUGGAGCCAGUGUAGCGUAACAUGCGGUGGAGGGACACAGCGACGUGUGAAAAUAAGAACAUGCAUUACGUCCAAAAUUGGGAACGAAACAGAGACAUGUAAUGGAUCAGCAAUGGAACAAGAAACCCAGUCAUGCACAUUUAGUCAGUGCCCUUCAGAAGAUGAUGGUGUUAAAAUAAGCAUUCUAGGCUCUGCUGGCGGAUCAUUGUUGCUUAUAUUUUGCCUGUUCAGCAUUGCGUGUAUUUGUAACCGUCGGAAAACCAUUAAAAGAAUGUCUCAAAUCCAUUCAUCUGUAUUGCAAAGUCAAACACACCUAGAGGAAAACGAAGAUCCCGGUCGUUCACACUAUAAUUACAUAACUGAUACAAUAGGAAAGUCUGAAGACGAAGCUGAAGUGUAUCAGGAAAUUGUUGAAUUGGAUGAAACCGAUUAUUUAACACCUAUUAAUGCUACGAACUCCACAAAUCCUGAAAAUAUGGAUAUUAAUGAAUCAUCUUUGAUAGAACAUAGUGACCAUUCGUCAAACGAGUAUUACAAGUUAAAAACUAUGAGACAUGACAACCCGUACAGUGACUUUAAUCAUUUACCGAUGGACGAAACUUCGGAUGAUUUCCUCUCAAACGAAAACAAUCAUGACACUGAUGUUCAUUAAGAGAAUAGAUAAAGGAAUCUUUUCGGAUGAAAUAAAAAUUUAUGUGCCUUAACACUUUGCAAUGAACUAAUACCUUCCAUCCAUGGAUAUUGUGUCAGUAAAAUACUUAUAGCCGAUAACAGUGAUGGUCAUCAAAGUUUUAUGAAUGAAACAUUUUACUAUGAAAAUGCUGCGAGUCAAAUGAGUGUGCGAAAAUUCUUCAAGUGAAGGAAUUUGCGAAACUUAAAAGUAAAGAAAAAAAUAAACUAAGAAGGAGAUCUCAAGCCUAUUUUAAAGUUGAUUUGUUACAUAUGCUUCACUUGCAUUUGAAUAUAAAUAAUUCUGUAAAGUAUGCGCUUUAUAUCUUAAAAUAUUUUAAUCAUGUUCAAAAUACUGCUAUUUAAAUUGAU